AUGGUCAUGCCCCAGCAAGUCAACGCACCAACCCCCGUGACUCAGACGGAUGCCAACGGCACGUCGAGCGACUCCUCAGACAGCAACAACGGCCAACAGGCUCAAACGCAAAGCUCUAGCGAGCAGGACGACAUGUCCUCCAGCGGCGAGAUUGACUUCCACGACUGGGAUUCCAUUUCAGCCGGCUUCUACGACGUCGACACGAUUGGCUACAAUGACCAAAUGCACCAUCGCAACGGUUUCGUCCACGACAUCCAUGGUGACGUGCGCAACGCAGACGGCUCAAUCCACCGUACUUGGGCGUCGCUCUCGACGGACCUGCGCACGAUUGACCACCUCAUUGACGGUAAUCAACAUCUUGAAGCCUACGAAAGGGCUCACCAACGCCGCAUGGACGACCGUCUCGUCGACUACCUGCGCGGCGCGUAUCGUUGGCCCUCAGAAUUUGAGUACCCUCCUAACAGCGACCCCGACAACGUGGGCUUUGCCCCUAUGCGCUACACGGGGGUGUGGGAGACCUUGCUGGCUUCUCCUGAGCCGAGCGCAUCUUAG